UUCCCUGGAAGGGAAUUUGAAUUAGCAAUUUUUUCCCGAACCCCGUUUCGGCUCGGCGAACUGAUCUUUUAGAUCUCCUUUUCCAAGAUCUCUCUUCACUCUUCCUUUGAAUUUUGAUUUCAAACCCUAGCCCUACCCAAUUUGGCAACAGGCUUUCUUCUAGUGGGAAGCUGAAGUUGAGUUUUGUUGUAGUGGUGGAUGAUGCAUGCGAGGUGUUCGAUGAAAAAUGCAGAAAAUUGUUUGACAAAAAAUCAUGCUGCUGUUGUGAUGGUGAACCUUACAGAGUUUGCAUCAAAACAUGAAAGAGUUCAGCAGAUUUUUGUUUGUCUGAGCUGGGCUAUUUUUUAAUGGCUCUUUCUUCUAAGGUUGGUUGAUUGGACCAAAUUUUUCAAAAACAGAAAUCCUUUUCAGUCUAUUUGUAUGGAUCCGGAGGCUGCACAGACUGCCCGAGAAUCUCUUGAGCUGGCAUUUCACAUGUCAAACAUUCUUGACACAGGACUUGAUCGACACACCCUUUCUGUCCUCAUUACUCUUUGUGACCUGGGUUUGAACCCUGAGGCACUGGCUGCUGUGGUGAAGGAACUUCGAAGAGAAUCCUGUUCCUCGUCCCCAAUGCCAGAGACUCCAUCAUCUGUUUCCUAGGCAGGUUUGUGGUGUAUUCUGCUAACGGUCAAAGAAAGAAGAAAUUGUAGUUCACUUUUGUUUCAAGCAGGGUCCUUUGCAGAUACAGGUUUUCUUUUCCUUAUGGAAGUGAUUAUUCUCUGAGCUUAUAUUCUCUCACUUCAUAUCCACCGUUAUGUCUUGGCUUGUUCA